CAGGCGCCGCGGCGGCGAGCACAGCCCACGCCCCCCGCCUCGAGCCCACCUAGGCCUCCGGCACGGGUCCCGCCCCGGGAGCCGGAGCGGGACGGACGUGCGCGCGUGCGCCACGCAGCCGAGACCCGGCGGGGCUGGGGGGUCCUGGGGAGCAGGCGGGCCGGGUUACGGAGGACAAGGCCGCGGCCACCGAGCGUCGCCCGGCCGCAAAGCGAGGAGUCCCGAGGGAGGCCGCCCCCGACCCGGAGAGAGCCUGCGGCGGAGCCGGGAGGGCGAAGGCCGGGACGGGAGUGCAUCCCUCGGACUGGCCGGUUCCCGGGGCUCGCGGCUGCGGGCGGCGCGGAGGCCGGGGAGCGAGCGGGGCUUGCAGACGGCGAGGCCCGUUCGGACCGCGGAGUGCAGGGCUCCGCCGGCACCCAAGGCGGGGAAGGGCGGCUGCCGGCGAGGACAGGGGACCCGAGAUGGCCAGCGCAGCCCUGGACUUGGAGCGCCGUGGGGCAGGGCCUGUGGCUGCACUGACGGGCCGCGUCCCCCUCCGACCCUCGGAGUUCUCCGCGUAGGGCGCGCCCGGCCCGACCUGCUGUCCUGCCCGCACAGGAUGCCCGAGGGCCCCGAGCUGCACCUGGCCAGUCGCUUCGUGAACGAGGCGUGCGGGGCGCUGGUGUUCGGCGGGCGCGUGGAGAAGUCUGCGGUCAGCCAAAACCCCGAGGUGCCCUUCGAGAGCAGCGCCUACCGCAUCUCGGCCCUGGCCCGCGGCAAGGAGCUGCGCCUCUGGCUCCGACCCCUGCCCGGGGCCAGGCCCUGCCAGGAACCACUGGCCCUGGUCUUCCGCUUCGGCAUGACCGGCUCGUUCCAGCUGGCGCCCGGCGAUGCGCUGCCGCGCCACGCCCACCUGCGCUUCUACACCGCCGGCCCCGGCCCCCGGCUCGCCCUGUGCUUCGUGGACGUCCGCCGCUUCGGCCACUGGGAGCUGGGCGGCGAGUGGCAGCCGGGCCGCGGGCCGUGCGUCCUGCGGCAGUACGAGCAGUUCAGGGAGAACGUGCUGCGGAACCUGGCGGACAAGACCUUCGACCGGCCCAUCUGCGAGGCCCUGCUGGACCAGAGGUUCUUCAACGGCAUCGGCAACUACCUGCGGGCAGAGAUCCUGUUCCGGCUGAGGAUCCCGCCCUUCGAGAGGGCCCGCACGGUUCUGCAGGCCCUGCAGCAGCGCAGGCUGAGCCCAACGCUGACCCUGAGUCAGAAGAUCAGGGCCAAGCUGCAGAACCCGGACCUGCUGGAGCUGUGCCACUUGGUGCCCAAGGAGGUGGUGCGGCUGGGGGGCAAAGGCUACGGGCCGGAGCGCGGGCAGGAGGACUUCGCUGCCUUCCGGGCCUGGCUGCGGUGCUACGGAGUGCCAGGCAUGAGCACCCUGCAGGACCACCUCGGGCGCACCAUGUGGUUCCAGGGGGACCCUGGGCCCCUGGCGCCCAAAGGGGCCAAGUCGCGCAAGAGGAGAUCCCGGGAGACACAGCCGGGUCCGGUGGACAGGAUGGAGGACCCUCCCGCUCCCCCUCCCCGCAAGGCCUCUUCCAGGAAACCAAGAGCCAAAAAGGACCCUUCCAAGGCUGCGGCCCAGCGGCACCCAGGAGCCCCUGAGGAGGCCAGGAGGAGGGGCGGCAGACAGCCUCAGGUGGGUGCACUCCAUCAGCCUUCUGGGGAGGGGAGGGGAGGGGAGGGGUGGGAGCGAGCCCUUCCUGUCUUUCCUCCAGGCCGCUGCCCAGCCCGGAAGCUGAAGGCUGACUCCCCACCCCUGGAUCCCGAGGAGGCCCCAACCCCUUAGCAGGAGGGGGCCUUGAUGCGGGGGCUGUGUGGGUCCAAGUAAGGGGCUGAGCACCCCAGCCCUGUGGCUGUCGUAGUUUUAGGGGUGCCCCGUUUUAACAUUUUUAAGCCCACGUGGGAAAUGCUGGAUUUUAAAUAAAUAGAUAAAUCUGAA